AUGGUGGUCUUCGAGAUGAUCCAACUCGAAGUUCUGUACGUAUUCGUCGGCGAGCUGGUCGUCGUCGGCAUCGGCGAUGGGGUUUUUUGUGUGGCGUUAGCGUUUGCAAAAAUAGCAACCCGAGACUGUGAGGUCAGUCGACCUGCGUGUGUUCAACCAUGGAGCCGUACGGGGGGCGGGCGCCGCCGGCCUGAUAGCGAAUUUCUGAUACAAACCCUGGCCGUCACCACAGGGCGGCGCGCUGAGAGACUCCCCGCCCUCCCACUCCAAUGA